AUGUAUGGAGGGAUUCCCGAUAUUCAUAUGAACACCGCUAGGGGGCUGACGGUCUCGGCAAACGACAUCCAUAUGGCCACAGCGAAAGGCCUCGAACCUGACAUACGAAUGGAGACGGCCAAAGCGGGUGCAACUGUCAAGCAGGGCUUCCAGCUGUGGGAGAGGGAACUUAUCGAAAGCCCUGAAGUGAGGCGGAAAGCCACUGUAGCUCAACUCUACUUCCUCGAUUAUUAUUUUCAAAUGCUCGGUUACUUGGCCGCUCGCAAGGAGCGACGGGCCAAGUUCGAUGAGGAUACCGCCGCACGUAAGCUUAACUCUGCUGAGUACGCCAAGGAAUUCAAAUCGUACCGCGGUCGAGAACGCGUUGUUUUGCGGAAACGCCGGACAAAGUUGAAGGUCGAGCAGUUUCACAUCAUCGCGCAAGUCGGCCAGGGAGGUUAUGGUGAGGUCUUCUUGGCGAGGAAGCAGGACUCGGGAGAGGUGUGCGCGUUGAAGAAGAUGCGGAAGCGGACUCUCUUUAAGAUGGACGAGGUCCGCCACGUCCUCGUAGAGAGAGAUAUCCUCACUGCCACACAAACACCGUGGCUGGUGCGCCUGCUAUAUGCAUUCCAGGAUCCUUCUUUCGUGUAUCUCGCCAUGGAAUACGUCCCGGGAGGAGAUUUCAGGACACUGCUCAACAACUCCGGUGUUCUGAAAGAGGAGCACGCGCGAUUCUACAUCAGCGAGAUGUUCGCCGGCGUCAACGAGUUGCACAAACUUGGCUAUAUCCAUCGGGACCUUAAACCAGAAAACUUUCUGGUAGACGGAACAGGCCAUGUGAAGCUGACCGACUUUGGUCUCGCCACUGGUGCACUCAACCCGCAGCGUAUCGAGUCUCUCAAGGUGAAGCUCGACAAAGUCAAAGACAACGAGAUCAUCCAUAGAUCGACAAUGGAGAGGCGUUCUAUCUACCGAUCCAUUCGUAACCAAGAGCCCCGUUACGCCGACUCGAUCGUCGGAUCGCCAGAUUACAUGGCCCCGGAGGUGCUACGGGGCAAACCGUAUACAUUCUCAGUAGACUACUGGUCUCUGGGCUGUAUCCUCUUCGAGUUCCUAUCCGGUUUCCCCCCGUUCAGCGGCAGCACUCCCGAAGAGACAUGGACCAACUUGAAGAACUGGACCAAAGUUCUGCGCCGACCAGAGUACGACAAACCGGAGGACCUCAUCUUCAACCUCACCGACACUGCCUGGGACGCUGUCACGCAGCUCAUUGCUCAUGCGAGCGUGCGGUUCUCCACGCUAUCCCAGGUGGCAGAUCAUCCCUUUUUCGAUGGCAUGCAAUGGGACAGCCUCCGCGCGGUGAAAGCGCCGUUCGUGCCCGCGCUUGACUCGGAAAUCGACACCGGCUACUACGACGACUUCACGUCAGCUGACGACAUGGCGAAGUACGCGGAAGUGCGCGAGAAGCAGCGCAACGUUGAUCGCGUCAGGGAGAAGGAGGAGCCCUUCGCGCGGGGCGUGUGGGUCGGCUUUACCUUUGGGAAAAACGGACCAAACACGAAGGCAUUCACGGUCGAGGGCACCGAUGACCACGGUGCACUGGCAACCAUCUUCUGA